UCUCUCUCUCUCUCUGUGUGUGCGUGUGUCUCCUCUGCGCAUGCGCCGCUCCUCGGGCUGUGGAGUGAAGUGAAGCGCUCGAGUCGAGCAACAGUUUGAAUGGCAUUCAUCAUCAGUGCGUCUGAAUCAGGAAUGGGAGACCGAACAGGUCAGUGCUCUCCGCUGCCGGCUCCGCUCAUCGGGACGCUGAAGCUGGUCUCGGGCGACGGCACCAGCGUGGGCAGUGUGAUGAGUCUGCAGUGCCCCAACACACACCACGCGGGCAGCGGCGCUCAGGUGUCGUGUGUGUGGAGCAGGAACGACACACACUGGAGCGGCGAGACACCUCAGUGCAAACCUCUGUCUCGGCUGGAGGACGACAGCUUUCGUCUAGCGGUCCUCGUGUCCUUCAUCAGCGCCACCAUCAUCCUCCUGAUGAGCAUCAUCUUCAUCACCUCCUGUCUGGUGAAACAUGUGAGACGAGAGGAGAGAAGAAAGAUGGAGAGGGCGAGAAAAAACGGGGCAUCAGAGGUGGAUCUGCAGAGAGAGCCGAUACACAACCAGAAAAACACAAACAACAACAACAACAACAACAACUACACACAGCUCACCACAACAGACACAACCACAGACAAGCAGAUCUACACUCCCUGCAGGUGUGUUGAUGAAGGGAAGCCCUAUCCUCAGAUCAUCCAUCUCAAGAUGUGUCAGAUCUCAGUGAUCCUCAGUCCUCCCGCUGACCGCCUGCUGAACACACACACCGGUGCGGGACACACACACUUCUGCCAGCCGCUCCUGCAAGAGCCCGUCUGGACCAGACCACACACACCUGCCCAUCAUAUGUGGACUGAUGAGGACUUGGUGUAAUAAUGAUGCAAACUGAGUCUGACGUCUGAAACUGAGAACUGGAACUUUUUCCUCAUGUUUUGUAUGUUGGGUUUUUUUGUUUUUUUUAAAUAAUUGUGUUUUAAAGUUCACUCUGUAGCCUAAACAUGUGACUCUGGCCUCAAAGGUAUUUAGUUAAAGUAUGCAGUACAAUGGGCAACAAUAAAUGUUUUAAUUAGCUGUA